CAAAUGUGAAAUGACCCAAACUACCGCGACAAAGAAAAAAGAGCUGUAAGGCUACACGCAGAGGAGAAAAUUAGGGUUUAAGCACUCGAAGUCCAGCCGUCUCGAGUCACACUUUAUUCUGUCCCGGUUACGGUGUUGCAGCCAUGGCGGACGGCUACUGGAAUCGACAACCGUCUCUUAAUCCUUCUUUCGGCUUACCCAAACGCCCUCGCCCCGACUAUGCUUCUACUGUUGCAGAUUUUCCACCUCAUCAGGUGCCUUCUGGUCAUGAGAUGCUUAAUUAUUUGCCACGAGAUGAAGAUCGUGGUGGAACCCGUGUUUUAAAGGACACAAAAACCUUGGGAUCAGCAUAUGAUCGUUAUCUGCAGAGUGCGCAACUUUCUUCAUUUGGUUCUGGAGAAGCUAGCAACUUUGGUGGUGGAACUGGAUUUGGAAGAGGGGUUGGUGCAGGGACACCUAGUCUUCCAGUUGGAGAGCCUGAUAUGAUUGGUGGUCGUGGGCCUGUCAACCCUGAUCUGGCUCCAAAUGGUCGAGGCAUGGGUUUUGGUGGUCUUCAAGUGGAUAGGCCAGGUCGUGAAAUGCCACCACUCCCUCCAGAUGCUUCUAGUACUCUAUUUGUUGAGGGGCUUCCUCCAGACAGCACACGUAGGGAAGUAGGUCAUAUAUUUCGUCCAUUCUUGGGUUUUAAAGAAGUAAGACUUGUGAACAAAGAACCAAGACAUCGUGGCGGAGACCCUCUUAUCCUCUGUUUUGUUGAUUUCACAACUCCAGCCUGUGCCGCAACUGCUUUGAAUGCCUUGCAAGGUUAUAAGAUGGAUUUACAAGAUCCCGAUUCAUCCAUCUUGCGGCUGCAGUUUGCACGUUUUCCAGGCCCAAGAUCAGGCCCUGGGCCUCGUGGCAAGCGGUAAAUAAUGCAUUAGGUUGAGAACGUUCUGGCCAUUACAUGUAGCUCAGAGUAGCUGGUGCAGAUUCCCAUUUAUAUGUUCAGUUUAUGCAGAGCACUUUUGCAUGAUGUAGCACACCGGCAAUAAUGGAUUCAGGUUGCUCAAUUCUGAACAAGAUAUAAUAUAUUGAAGUGAAAAGUAAGGGCCAAGUGAUGGGUUUACAUGAUUUUGAUUAUACAAUCCAAAUAGUGUUCCUUUGAUGAACCAUGGUUGAUUGUUAACUUCAUAAGCUGUGUUAGGAGCUCAACUACCCUUUGAACGCAGUAUGUUGGAAUCAAGAUGCCUUCAAAAUUUUUAACCAUGUACUUGAAAAACCUUGUAAAAGCACUAUAAACCUGGAUUGUCAUUGGCAGGCUUACACUGGAGGUUAAGCUAAAAUUGUGCUUAAUUGGUGAUUUAAUUUA